GCGUCGGAGCGGGCGUCGGAGCUGCCCGUUUGGGAGAGAGGAGAGAGACAGAGAGCGAGCGAGGAGAGGAGCCCGAGGCGAAAAAGUAACUGUCAAAUGCGCGGCUCCUUUAACCAGAGCGCUCAGUCCGGCUCCGAGAGUCAUGGCGACCGCAGCGUCUAACCACUACAGCCUGCUCACCUCCAGCGCCUCCAUCGUGCACGCCGAGCCGCCGGGCGGCAUGCAGCAGGGCGCGGGGGGCUACCGCGAGGCGCAGAGCCUGGUGCAGGGCGACUACGGCGCGCUGCAGAGCAACGGGCACCCGCUCAGCCACGCUCACCAGUGGAUCACCGCUCUGUCCCACGGCGGCGGCGGUGGGGGCGGUGGCGGCGGCGGCGGGGGCGGGGGUGGCGGCGGGGGCGGCGGCGACGGCUCCCCGUGGUCCACCAGCCCCUUGGGCCAGCCGGACAUCAAGCCCUCGGUGGUGGUACAGCAGGGCGGCCGCGGCGACGAGCUGCACGGGCCGGGCGCCCUGCAGCAGCAGCAACAGCAGCAGCAGCAGCAGCAGCAGCAGCAGCAGCAGCAACAGCAGCAGCAGCAGCAGCGGCCGCCGCAUCUGGUGCACCACGCUGCCAACCACCACCCGGGGCCCGGGGCAUGGCGGAGCGCGGCGGCUGCGGCGCACCUCCCGCCCUCCAUGGGAGCGUCCAACGGCGGCUUGCUCUACUCGCAGCCCAGCUUCACGGUGAACGGUAUGCUGGGCGCCGGCGGCCAGCCGGCCGGGCUGCACCACCACGGCCUGCGGGACGCGCACGACGAGCCGCACCACGCUGAUCACCACCCGCACCCGCACUCGCACCCGCACCAGCAGCCGCCACCCCCGCCGCCCCCGCAGGGCCCGCCCGGCCACCCCGGCGCGCACCACGACCCGCACUCGGAUGAGGACACGCCGACCUCGGAUGACCUGGAGCAGUUUGCCAAGCAGUUCAAGCAGCGGCGGAUCAAACUGGGAUUUACCCAAGCGGACGUGGGGCUGGCGCUGGGCACCCUGUACGGCAACGUGUUCUCGCAGACCACCAUCUGCAGGUUUGAGGCCCUGCAGCUGAGCUUCAAGAACAUGUGCAAGCUGAAGCCUUUGUUGAACAAGUGGUUGGAGGAGGCGGACUCGUCCUCGGGCAGCCCCACGAGCAUAGACAAGAUCGCAGCGCAGGGGCGCAAGAGGAAAAAGCGGACCUCCAUCGAGGUGAGCGUCAAGGGGGCUCUGGAGAGCCAUUUCCUCAAAUGCCCCAAGCCCUCGGCCCAGGAGAUCACCUCCCUCGCGGACAGCUUACAGCUGGAGAAGGAGGUGGUGAGAGUUUGGUUUUGUAACAGGAGACAGAAAGAGAAAAGGAUGACCCCUCCCGGAGGGACUCUGCCGGGCGCCGAGGAUGUGUACGGGGGGAGUAGGGACACGCCACCACACCACGGGGUACAGACACCCGUCCAGUGAACUCGAGCGAGGGGGAGGGGCAGAGCGCGGGGCUCCCCCUCCCCUUCGGUCCGCGACCCUUUCCCGGCCCCCUUGUUCCCUCUCUAACUUCUGAUUGUUCUUUUCUUUUUAAUUAUUAUUUCCCCGUCCCUUAAAAAGAAACAAAAAAAAAUAAGGAAAACAACUAAGGCACUGGACUAUCUUUUAAACGGUAGCAGGUGUAAUGAUAUGUUUUGACCUUUACAGGCUAGCACCCAGGCAAUGGAGUGGAGUGUCUCAUAGAGAGAGUGAGAAGAGAAUGUGUGUGUGUGUGUGUGUGUGUGUGUGAGAGAGAGAGAGAGAGAGAGAGAGAGAGAGAGAGAUGGCAAGCACUGAGUUAAAUACCUGGCAAAACUAAAUAAAUUACCAAAAAGACAAAAAAAUCUACCAAACCGUGAGAAACACAAAACACAGCUCCUGAUGCUUGGAGUUGGCACAUGCUGCUGUGUUUAUUUAAUGUGGAUCCCCAUCAGGAAAGAGGGAAAAAUACACACGUUCUUUGAUGUAGGCAAAACUUAACCACAUAAAUUUGCACUGCAAGAAAAUUGAAGUUUACAUGAACAAAUUCACAAACAUGUUUUUCUUUCUCCCAGCGUUAAUUUUGAAGUUGCCGGGUUUGGUUUGGUUUGGUUUGGUUUGGUUUGGUUUGGUUUUUAUUCCUUGGAGAGAGUUGAAGCCAGCUUUUGGCCACUCUCCAUCUCUAAUGUUCUUGUGUUGCCCCUCUAGUUAUUCUUACUGUUUGUGAACUUUGAUUACCUUCAGAUUCCCCCCUCCUUACAUUGGUAUAACGUUUAUUUGCUCCUUUUACCAAAGCAAACCGAUUGACUUCAUACAAAAUAAAUAAUUCUCUGCUUUCAGGAAAUGUGCAUGGUCUACCCGCUUUAUCCAAGGCAAGAAUUCUGUUUGGAAUACAAAAAUGAAAGUGAAGCAUUGGUUUUUGUUACCAGCCACAAAGUAAACUUCAUUUUCAGGCAGUGUUUCUGGGGGAGGUUGAGGAGGGAAGAAAAAGAAAAAUCGAUAGUGAGUGACUGAUUGCUUCAUUUUAUCAGGCGGGCCCAUUGUGAAAGAGCUCAGAGGAAAUGUGGAGGUUAAAUAUAUUUCCAGAGUUGUCCAACAGAAGGAAAGUGGCACUUCGAAGAGAACUAGGGAAAUAUGUAUCUUCAGACACCCCUGUA